UUUGCCAAAUGCAUAUAUGUUAAUGCCAUAGUACAGAAAACUUCACAAGAAUUUCAUUGGUGGGACGGGGGGUCAUGUCACAGCUCUGGUACGGUCACACUUGCAGGAUAGUAGUAUUUGCUACGACUUAACUAUGCGUCAGAAAGGGCGCAUCCUGUUGACGUUAUAUCGUUAGUGCUUGAUGUUGAUUCCGCAGGAGCUAACAAAAGCCUGCUGGAGUCCUGUGAUUAAAAGCCACCAUUGUUUUCUCAUUAGGGCUUCCAGGUUAGCAAAAGGUGUGAGCCGCGGCCCCUUCAUGGGGAUAGACCAACAUUAAGAUGGGCCCUAACAAACAUCAAGCGGCACACCCCUUUCUAAAGGGACCUCAAAGCUUUAAAUACAGAGGAUAAUCUGAAGACAUCAGAGUUCAUUUAGAAAGAUUAAUCAUCUAGAAUUAGGCUUUGGAUGAAUCUAGGAACUCGUAGUGACAUCAGGGGUGUCAAAACCACAGUGAGCGUGACUUGCCCCUUCAUUGUUGUUUCUCUUGACCUAAAUGAGACAUCUCCACUGUGUAGCUGUAUUGACUUGCUGAUCCAAACUUUGCCAUGUGCAUAUUUGUCACAUGACCAGAUGGUGAAGUUGUGGAUAUUUUUGGGGUUUGAUUCGUAUAUUCAGCCAGACACGUGUAACAAGGUCUUUUUUCAAGUGCCGGAGUGUCUGAAGACGAAAAGGUGAAAGACUAAUGGGAGGGAUCUUGACGUCUAUCAUUUUGGCGCAGUGAGGGAUCCAGACGCGCAGAGCGCACUGUGACAGCGCCGACGCAACAUCAAGAGCGCAGUGCGGGCGCACCACUAAAAUUCAUCAGUGCUUUUUAACUUUAUUUAUUAGAAAUCAUCCUGCGUGUGUAUAAAGCAUAUGAUGGAACUCCAUAAUUUCCUGGACUACACGUGGAUACGUUUUCCCCAAAUCGGAUUUAUCUGUGUGUAUUUGUUUGCGGAGACGCGCAUCUAAGGGGCUUUUGGAAAUCUUCUGCAGAGUCUUUAUUAGCGUAUGGAUUUGACUCGGCUCAUUUAAUCAGCUCACGGCGAAGUGGAUUACCAUUCAGGGAAAACCUGGAUACAUCAUUCAGUUUUCUUCCCACAAUGUAUGGAAUAAAUCAGCGUUGUUUGUACAUAUCUUUUCAUUUCUUCGUGGUGUGGUGUCAUGCACAGGGGGAGAAGAAUCACCCUUCUCCUAAUUUUAAGCAGUAUGUGAGGGAACAGGGCUCACUGACGGACCAGCUGAGCCGGCGGCAGGUUCGAGUCUAUCAGCUGUACAGCCGGACCAGCGGUCGACACGUGCAGAUCCAGGGCAAGAGGGUCACCGCUACGGCAGAGGACGGCAACACUUUCGCAAGACUUUAUGUGGAGACAGACACGUUUGGAAGUCGUGUGAGGAUCAAAGGAGCAGAGAGUGGCAGAUACCUCUGUAUGAACCGCAGGGGGAAACUGGUAGGCAAGCCUAAUGGCAGGGGAAGGGACUGCAUCUUCACAGAGAUCGUACUUGAGAACAACUACACAGCCUUUCAGAACGCUAAAUACGAAGGCUGGUACGUGGCCUUCAGCAGAAAAGGUCGGCCCAUUAAGGCUUCCAGAACCAGGGAGAACCAGCGAGAGGUUCACUUCAUCAAGCGCCUCCACAAAGGUCCACUUCCUUUCCCGAACUCGGACCAACCCAAACACUUUGAGUUCAUCAGCUUUCCGCCAACCCGAAGGGCGAAGCGCAACAGAAAACCCCACGCUGCUUCCUAACACACAAACCCCUAGGACUUUUCUUUUAAUAAUAAAAAAGGCAGCUUUAUUUUUAUAUAUUUUCGUACUUAAUGGACUUGAAAAAGCCAACAACACUGAAUGGAUGCUCAUUAUAAAGGGGUGACCUGUAAAUAUGGUAAGAUAGUAAAAGAGAAUGUAUAUAUUUAAUUAAGAUGGUAUUUCUAUGUGUGUUGCAUGAGCAUUUUGUAAAGACUCCAAGACAUUUUGCUCAAUAUUGAAGCAAUUCACCUUUGAGAGGAAUUUAAAUAUGAAAUUGAAAUCAACAUCAGUUCCAACCAAAGACGUUUGACUUUACC